AUGGUUUCAUCGAGCGAUACGAUCGCAGUCGCCCAAUCCAACAUCGUUUCGUCCUCUGUCAGCACAGUGAAGAUAGCGCCCUCGCCGUCGGAUUAUCCGCGAUCAUGUGCUGCUAACUGGAAUCCUCCAGUGUCUGUGACCUGCGAGCUAGAUGCCCUCCAGAGCCUUAAGGAUGAAUGGUGCCGCAUACCACGAGAGUCGACAAGCUACGAAGGUUACAAGAGUAAUCGAGAACUCAUAAUUGCAGACUUGCACGAUUUCGAAAUCUACAGGUCUCUGCUUAAAGAUAAUAAACGAUCACUGGAACUCACAAGCCUGUAUCUGCACAACCUAAAAGUAACAGAGCUCAGUUUCAACGGUUUUGUAUCUCUGGGCAACGUUAGACACUAUGUUGAGGAAGUUUCAAUUCAGCAUACUUCUGUCGAAGGGUACGGCGAUGACACAGACCCGUCUGUAACUCUGUUUGUCCAGUCAUCGCUCGCCUACACAGACAAAAAGGUCGACAUUUGGUAUCGAUUGAAGAAGCCAGCAAGCCUGUACCGAAGAUUCCAUGAACCUUCCAUCUGGGUCGCCCAACUAGCGAAACACGUUGUCGAUUUUCUAGAGAGUCAGCCUGUACGCUCGGUAGGCCUCGAAGUGUUUCGUCAUUACUUUCAUCUUUGGCUCACGAGUCGAUUCUGCGACGACGUAUUCAAGCUGUGGCAUGUUGCAGUCCGAAGUGCAACCGACUUUCGAGUCAUCGUCAACGCUCAUAUCGAGUUUAUUCAUCUUCAAGCUUCCAAUCUACCCAAUUCUGAUGGCCUACUGGCUCAUCCUCUAUGGGGCGACUGCAUGGUCAAGGGGGCAACAAGCAUCAAACGGCAAAAGGAGGUCGUAAAGGUCACUCUUGCAACUCCAGCCGUCUAUCGUUGUUUCAGCCAUAUGUACUUUGGCAGUAAGUUGAAGAGCAUGGAUCCAUGCAAUUCAGUGGCACAAGCACAACAGCUUCUAAAGGAGAAGCUUAAGUUCCCAGAAGACCCAAUCACUUUGGGAUCGAAACCACGCGCUUGGGGUCUGGAAAAUGUUGGGCCAGUCAAGGUCGGAGAUGUAGUCGCUAUAAACCCUGAUGAUACUAAAACGACGCUGUGGAACAAAGAGGACCAGGAAUGGCUAGCUUACGUGCAGAAGAUUGAGCGGACAGACAGCGGCUUAGAGCGACUGUUAGUGACCUGGCUUUAUUUACCACAGCACACCAACAUAUGUGGAGCAAGAUAUCCUUUCGAGAAAGAGAUUUUCUUCUCAAAUCACUGCAACUGCGAUUCUGCGGCAAGUCUCUUCUCCUCAGAUAUAAUCAGGAAGUACAGCGUAGAUUGGCUGCCUGACAAGCUCGACACGCCGAAGGACUAUUUCAUCCGGCAGACAUAUCUAGCAGACAAGACUGCCUUCGUAACAUGGACCAGAGAUCACUUGACAUGCACGUGUCAACAAGCGAACGUUGAUCCUAUCGACAAAUACCACCCAGGAGAUACGAUAUAUAUGACCCGAUCUAUACGAAAGCAGUCAGAGUUCCUGGACCCUGUUAUCAUUCACGAAGUUGACAAAGCGGCUCGAAAAGUAACUGUUCGGAAACUAUUACGUCUGGAGCGAGACUGUAAGGAUCUGCUGGGAGAUAUGCAACGAAAUGAGAUUGCGCCCAACGAGCUGGUAUUCACCGACGAGUUUGAGGCGAUACCAGUAGCGCGACUUCGACGAAGAUGCAAUGUCCGAUUUGUACCUAAAGGCGAAGUACUUCGCGGAAACGUCCCCUUUCCAUACAAUCGUAGAGGGUGUGGAGAUUUCUGGUUCUUUUCAACACGCCUGACCAGUACGAUAAACUCUCGAUAUUUGACUUGUGUUGAGAAGCUACCUGACUGCAUCAAUCCUGGUACUGACUUUGAUGCUAAGACUUCAUUCGAAAAACUGAAUGGACUGAGUAUUUUCUCUGGCGGUGGCAAUCUCGAUCGAGGUUUGGAAGAAGGAGGCGCAGUUGAGUUCAAAACUGUGGUCGACUUCAGUGCACAUGCUAUGCAUACACAAAAAGCAAACGCGCAGAACCCUGCCACAAUGAAACUCUACCAGGGUUCGGUGGAUGACUAUUUCUGCCAGUUGCUUUCUGGACAGAACGACAAAUUCAUCGCGCAUGUCGGGGAAGUGCAGUUCAUUGCUGCAGGAUCUCCAUGUCCAGGAUUCUCGGCAUUGCAGCAAAACCACCUCAGCGACGGCUCUUUGAGAAACGCAUCUCAUAUCAGCACGUUUUGCUCUUUUGUUGACAUAUAUCGUCCACAGUUCGGCCUGCUAGAGAAUGUCGUUAGAAUGGCCUCAACGCGUAAAGGCCUCGAAGAUCAAAACGUGCUAUCGCAACUAGUAUCCUGUCUCGUUUCGCUGGGUUACCAAGUUAACCAGUUUAUCACGGACGCGUGGAAUGUUGGUAGCGCCCAACAAAGGUCACGUAUCUUCAUCACCAUCGCGGCCCCGGGGCGCACGCCUAUCAUACAACCUUGCCAUACACACAGCAAACGAUCAGAGGACACACUCUCAGCCAGCCUCGGCAAACUUCCAAACGGACAGCGAUUCGGUCAACGAGAGCAUUACGCAACGCCAUUUGCUCAUGUUUCCGCAUUGGAGGUUACAGCAGAUCUGCCUUACAUUGGCAAUGGAAACAAUCAAACCUGUGUCGAGGUUCCCGACCAUCGGAUUUGCCGCGCAACUAACACAAGAGACCGCGGUAUUCUGGAGAGGAUACCCAAGUCUCCAGCCGGGUCCGGUUAUGCAGAAGCUCAUCGUCUUGGUCUUAUCCCUCCAUCUCUACAACGGGAAAAGAGAGAGGUAGGGAAAUCUUACCGGCGAAUAAAGGCAGCUGGCCUAAUUCCAACCAUCACUACUUACGUCAAUCUGCAAGAUGCGCGAAACGGCAGCAUAGUACAUUGGUCGCAAGACAGACCUCUCAGUAUUCUUGAAGCUAGACGUGCACAAGGGUAUCUAGACUUUGAACCCAUCAUUGGAUCACUCUGUGAACAAUGGAGAAUCGUCGGGAAUGGGGUGGAUAGAAAGGUCUCUUUUGCGCUGGGACUUGCUCUACGUAAAGCAAUGGCGAAUGAUUCCGAUCAAGCACCCAUUUCGAGCAACCGGACCAGCACAGUUGUGUCUGAUCAGAACGAAGACCUGGGCUAUGAGUCUAGUUCGACUCUAUCUUGUAUAGAUGUAUACAUACCACCGCACCAGACGGUCGAUAUUCCGCAGUCAAGCUCAACUUCAGUACCUUCUGGACAUCAGUUUGAGACCGAAGGGUUAGCAGAACCGAAAUGUACAGUUGACUCCCUUGCCCCUGGGGUAUCAUUGCCAUUGCGCGGCUGUGGACAAUGCUCGACUCCGUUCGAAAAGCCUGUCAUUGAAAACCCACAGACUGCUCACCAAUCUCGAACUCGCGUAGAAAGCUCCGAAAGGAUAGAAGUCUCACCACUUUCGUCGUCCUCGAAGCCCGUACCGGUACAUUCGAAACGCGGAAGGAAAGAAAACACAGCUGAGAUGGAUGGAAGUGGAAGUUCAACGACGCCCUACGCGCAUGAGGGUCCGAGAAAGAAGGCUAGACAUGAUGCGGAUCACAACGCCACUUCGGCCUCUUUAUCGGGCCUGCCAGACAGUACUAGCAUCGAUGGUGUGAAGCCAGCGUUCACGUCCAGUAAUCGCUCACAAACGUCUCUCAGUAGAGAACCUUCCGAGCGAUCUCGUCGCACACGCCAUUCAGGGGCAGCCGUGGAGUACGAACCAAAAAAGUGGAAUGCAAAGCCGGAGAAGGAAUUCAAGAGAGAUCGCUGA